CGGGCGCGCAGUUUGCGGAGCGGCAGCAGCGGCGGCGUGGACUGGGGAGUCUGUCCCGCCGCGGUCAUGGCCACGGUUCGGGAGAAGGCGGCGGCGCUGAACUUGUCGGCUCUGCACAGCCCCGCGCAGAGGCCUCCGGGUCUCAGUGUGGCCCAGAAGCCCUUUGGAGCCACGUAUGUGUGGAGCAGCAUUAUAAACACACUUCAGACCCAAGUGGAGGUGAAGAAACGGAGGCAUCACUUAAAGCGGCACCACGACUGCUUCGUGGGCUCCGAGGCUGUGGACGUCAUCUACGCUCACUUAACUCAGAACAAAUUCUUCGGGGAUGUCGAAAUCCCUCGGGCCAAAGUGGUGAGAGUCUGUCAGGCACUCAUGGACUACAAAGUGUUUGAAGCGGUCCCAACCAGAGUCUUCGGGAAGGACAGAAAGCCUGCGUUUGAAGAUAGUAGUUGCAGCCUGUAUAGGUUCACAACUCUACCUAAUCAGAACGGUCAACCAGGCAACGAGAACAAAGUGUGCCCACCUUCCAGGUACUCAGAUACAUUAUUUAAGUCACCUGAUAUCAAGUCGGACAGUUUGGAGGACCUGUGGGAAAAUCUGAGUUUAAAGCCUGCCAACUCCCCUCAUAUAAAUAUCUCUACCAGGCUGUCUCCUCAAGUUAUUAAUGAAGUAUGGCAAGAAGAGACGAUUGGACGUCUACUACAACUUGUCGACCUUCCAUUUCUUGACUCCUUACUCAAACAGCAAGAGGCUGUACCUAAAGUCCCUCAGUCUAAGAGACAGCCUGGCAUGGUCAACACCACUAACUAUCUGGACCGAGGGAUUCUCAGGGCCUAUGGUGACUCUCAGGAAGAUGAAUGGAUCUCUGCAGCCAUCGACUGCUUGGAGUAUCUUCCUGACCAGAUGGUUGUGGACAUAAGCAGAAAUUUUCCUGAGCAACCAGACAGAACAGACUUAGUGAAAGAACUUCUUUUCGAUGCUGUUAGCAAAUAUUAUAGCACUAGGGAGCCUCUGUUAAAUCACCUGUGUGACGUCCAUAAUGGAAUAGCGGAGCUCCUAGUCAAUGGGAAGACAGAAAUAGCGUUGGAAGCUACUCAGCUGUUUCUGAAGCUUCUGGAUUCCCAAAAUAGAGAAGAAUUUAGAAGACUGCUGUACUUCAUGGCUGUCGCAGCGCAUCCUUCGGAAUUUAAGUUACAGGAAGAAAGUGACAAUCGGAUGGUUGUGAAAAGGGUGUUCUCCAAAGCUAUCGUCAACAAUAAAAACUUAUCCAAAGGCAAAACUGAUCUCCUCGUACUCUUCCUAAUGGAUCACCAAAAAGAUGUUUUCAAGAUUCCUGGAACGCUACAUAAAAUUGUGAGUGUUAAGCUUCUGGCCAUACAAAAAGGAAGAGAUCCUAAUAAAGACACAGGCUAUAUUUAUUGCCAGAGAAUUGAUGAAAGUGACUAUUCUAGCAGUGCUCAGAAGAAAACCAAAGACGAACUGUUGAACUUACUCAAGACUAUUGAUGAGGAUUCAAAACUCUCUGCCAGAGAGAAGAAGAAACUGCUAGGCCAGUUCCAUAAGACUCAUCCAGACAUCUUCAAUGAGUAUUUUGGAGACUGAACUUCUAAUGUCUGUGUGUAUGUGCACUCUGUAUUUUAAGGACAAAUUAUGUAGCCUAAAGAUAUUUUUAGCUUGGAUGUCUAAAUAUGAAGUUGUACUUAAUAAAAAUUUUAUACUCGUAUGUGUCAAAAAACCAUUACUCAAAUGAUGUAUUGAUGUUAAGGACUAGAUGAGUCCUUAAGGAGAGUUGAUUUACAAUUAUUAUGUUGAAUUUAUAUAGAAAAUCAGGGAUUUAGAGGAUAUGAUAGUAAUAUAUUUAUGUAAGAAAGUACUGGGGCUAGAGAGAUGGCUCAGCAGUUAAGAGCACUUGUUGCUCUUGUAGAAGACCUGGGUUUGGGUCCCAGCACCUACAUGGUGGCUCACAACCAUAUGUAACUCUGGUCUCAGGGGACCCAGUGCCCUCUUCUGACCUCUGUGGGCAAUGUACACACACAGUACAUCUACAUCCUCAUUCAUAUAAAGUAAACACAUCUAAUAAUAAAAGUAUUCAACAGGAAGUCUACAUAUUAGUAGGGAUGUGUUUCUGGUUUUAGUUUUCAUUUUUUUGAGACAGGAUAAUGGUGGUAGAAAACGGCCCCCAAAGGGAGUGGCACUAUUAGGGGGUGUGGCUUUAUUGGAGUAGGUAUGCCCUUGUUGGAGGAAGUGUCUCACUAUGGAAGCAGGCUUUGAGGUCUCAUGUAUGCUCAAGUUUUGCUCAGUGUGAUACUCAGAGCACUUCCUGUUGCCUGCAAGAUGUAGGACUCUCAGCUCCUUCUGCAGCACCAUGUCCUACCAUGAUGAUAAUGGACUGAACCUCUGAACUGUGAGUGAGCUACCCCAAUUAAAUGUUUUCCUUUAUAAGUU